AUGGAAGAUCUCCUCGAGCCCGCUUUUGCUGAGAUUGACACAGACAGCUUUGAGGUGCUGAGUGCGCACCCAUUCUGCCGUGGCUUACGUAAAGAGGUCGUGCUGGGAAUAUCCCGUGCAUCCAAGCGAUGGGUGUUUACAACAGUGGGCCGUGUAAUCUUGAACGAGGGUUCGCUAUCAACUGAGCUCUCUAACCUGUGGAUAUUGACGCGUGGAGCUGUUGAAGUCAUUGAGAGUGGGCAGACGCUGUGCACAUUGGAGAAUGGCAGCGUUUUUGGCGAUUCUGUAGCUUUCAGUCGAUGUGACCGUCAGCCCUUCACCAUCAAAGUCUUGCAAGUUCCGGUUAUUGCAUGGUGCUUGCCUUCCGCAGAUCUUCGGCAGACAAUUAAGCUACAUGCCUCUGCAGGGCCUUUGAUGGAUGAGUUCGUUGACCAGCAGGAGAGGCGAAUUCUUUGGCCGCGGGUGUCAAAACUGCUGCUACUCUCCCAUUGCGGCCCAAAUUUCGCCAAGCAGCUGCUCAAGAAGGUAUCUAUUCGACAUGUCAGAGCCCAUAAUCUGGUUUGGUCUCCAGCCACUUCCAGGCAGUACCUGCAAGUUGUGCUUGUGGGAACUCUUCUGGUGGAGAAAGUCAGCACGGAUGCCUUCCAGCUCCAUGAUGAGGUGCCCGGAAGCCCCAGCAUACUUCGAUCAGGGACCCAAUCUAGGAUGUUCGAAAGGAGGAAAACCACGCAUGUGACCAUUGGCAGCACUGAAUUCUCGGACGAGGCUGAAACCAGCCGAUCCCAGAAGCGCCUGAGCGGCCCUGUCAGCCCAAUGUCCCCAACAACGCUACAGCAGUUGAAAUCCUUUGCCGCAACGAAGUCCAUGUCCGGUUUCGAAUAUCCUGUGCUGGAUGAGGACAGCAGCAACAGCAGCAGCAGCUCCGUGACGGACGAAGAGAAUGAAGAGAACUCCGACCUGUCCAGCGGAAGCUCCAGCACAGAAUCCAGUUCGGAAAGCUCCGAAGUGGAGGAACUCUACGAUUUGCCGGAGACCCUUUCAGUUCUCGAGCCGACGACAGGUACAGUUCAAGCAAAGGCGGGGCCCUACUGCCUAGUCUUCAACGAGCCAGCGGUCUUAAACUAUACUGAAAGCGAGGCUAUGCUCUACCGGCAAGCUGUGGCAUUGACCGAUUGCAUUUUCCUCUUGCUCAAGGUCGAUGACUUCCGGGAAGCUGUCGAGCGGGCCCCCCGCGAGAAGAAGCGCUUCGACUUGUUGGCAAAUGCAGAGUAUCGCGAGUGGCAGAGGUGCGGCAUUCACAGGCUUCGUAGCCUUGAGAUUUUCGCCAAGUGCUCCAAGCAGUUUCUGUCUGACCUUGCACAAACAGUGGAGUCUGCCUUGUGCUUUCAUGGCAACGACAUCAUUGCUGCAGAUGAGGAUGCUACGAACGGCCUGGUCUUGUUCAUGCAGGGCCAUGCCCAAAAUGAGAAGCGACACAAGGUUCAAGCUCCAGAAGUUUUGAGCAGCAUGAAUUGGCUUGGAGAUCGUCACGCAGCGGAGCCUCCUCGGCGAGUGAAGGCAAAGGAAGUUUGCCAGAUUCUCCGUAUCUCGCAAUCGAAGUUGCUCAGCCUUCUCAGCCGACAUCCGCACGAGACGGCGGUGAUUGUGAACGAGGCCAACCGGAUCAAUUCCAGAAAGCACGGUGGCUACGGCGGGCGUGCGGCGGCUUUUCAGCGAACUUUGCGGGACGGAGCAAAUGGAGCUCAGGGGGGUGGCCUUUUUUGGUACUGCCCUUUCUGCGAUGGUUUGGGGGAGGAUUUCCUUCAAGAGCUCAUCACCCACAUGGAGUGCUUCAAGCUGAUCCCGGGACAGCAUCUUUUUCGGAACUUGGACGGCGCCAAUGCAGACUUCCUUGUCGUGCUGACGCGUGGCCGGCUGAUGGCUUCGGAUGAUGAUCUGGACGCACCCCUCAUCAUCUGCGGUUUCGACCGAUCGGGCUACAUCGAUACGGUGGCAGAGGAACUCAGUGAGGUUUUUUGCGUGAACUUCGAGCAGAUCAAGUCUUUGUUGGCAGUGAGCCCCGAGAGCACACGAGCAUUCUUGAUACGUGUGGCAUUAUUUCAGGAGCGUCUGGAAAAGAGACAGGGGUUGAGCUGGUGGAGUUCCUUGAAUGUGCUACGUCGACACGAGCCUUUCGCUGCAUGCACUGAGGCCUUCAUUGAGGCCUGUGCGCCUUUCAUGCAGGUUAGGUUUUGCCUCCCCGGUGAAGCCAUCGUGGAGGAAGGAAACCAUGUGGAACAUGCGCUUAUCAUCGAAAGUGGAGUUGCCAAGGUGCAUCGUCAGACCAAGCCGGCUUUGAGAGGUUGCCCAGAUAGAACCGGUGAGGUCAGAGACAGCUACUUGGUUGGAGGCAUCAGUGGCGCAUACGGUUUUGCAGGGAUGCAGCGCCGUUUGGCAACCAUCAAAGCAGUGACGCUUUGCAAGCUCAUCGAGAUCCCCAUCGCGGCGAUCUUAACCCUGCUAGACCAGCAUCCCGAUGCCAGACAACGUUUUCGCGAAAUCGCUGAAAGGCGGUUUAAAGAACUUGCCCCGGAGCCAUUGGAGGAGCAUCCCUUCUUCAAGAACUUCUCGAAGUCCUUCCUGAAUACAUUGCGCACGAAAUGCAAUGCUCAGGUCUUCUUCGUAGGGGAAACGAUCAUUCGCCAAGGAGACCCUGCAGACAGCAUGAUCAUCAUAAGCUCAGCUUCCGUUGUGACCCUCUAUGUGGAUGGAAGAAAGUUGAAAGAUCUUGCUGGAGGUUGCACGUUGGGCGUGCCAUCUAUCCUGUCGCCAGCAGCUGUCAAGCGAUUCGCCACCAUAGAGGCUCAGACUGCCUGCACGGUGCAGAAGCUCACAAGGAAGGACUGGCUCGAUGUUCUUAAGAACCACGCGGAGCACAGACUGUGGAUACAAAGCUUUACCGAAGAGCAACUUGCCCUUGCAAACCAGCAAGCUUUGGAAACCACUAGGCGCUACCGGUGGCGGAAGAUCAAAGAGAGGGAGACAGCGGCUGUACAGACGCAUUGCAGACGUGCCAAGGGCCAAAUGCAAAAGGGACCAAAGCAAGCGAGUGUGAAGCAGGCAUUGGCGGAAGCAAAAGAUGUUCCACUUAUUGGAAUUUCUGACAGCUACGAGAGCUACGAGCAUUGGGAUUGCUUCAAUGGUCGGAAGGCAACAGUUCCACAUGUGAGGCUUCCCCAGCUGUCGCUACGACCUCAAAAAAUCGAAGUGGUUGAGCACUCGGAGGAAGAGGACGUCCUUGACGAAGCUACGCGCUCCUCGACUGCUCGUCGAGGAAGUGAUUUCGGCGGAAUGGCCAUGCGCAAGAUGACCAUAAAAUCGUCGAACUCCUCUCGCCUCAGCGUGCUGGGCGAGCUCCCGCACAUGGUCGACAAGCCAAUGUCGCACGAGAGUUGGCUGGAUUGUCAAGAUGCCUUUGGACUGUUGUACACAGCUCUGGGCGACUAG